GUUUGUUGUGCUAUUGAGAGAUACUGCACAAUUAUCCUACAUUAGUUAAUUGUGUUUGGCACUUGAAGACUUUCUUCACUUGAAAAAAGUUGCCAUUUUUCACCUGGCACUUGAAAAAUUUAAUACAGAGGGAAAGACUCAGUUCAGUUCAGUUCAGUUUAGUUUCUCAGUCUUGUCUGACUCUUUGCGACCCCAUGAAUCACAGAGGGAAAGACUAGUAGUUUACUUUUCAUGCUGAUAAGCAAUAUUUAGACAAGUCUACCGUGUGCAUCAUUUGAAGUAAUAAAGCAUACAUUGAAAGUAAUUAGACAAAAGGGUGACAGAUACGAAACCUCAUUUGAAAAGACUCCUUUGGUUGAAAAUUUAGCUAUCAUGGUGCUGUUAAACACCACUUAAGGUCAGUUUUCUUUGGAUGGAAAACUUUGUUUUUUUAACCCCUGCGUAAUUUAUACACAAGGAGUUAUUUUAUACAGAAGUCUUGUGAGACCACUGUGCAAACAAGGUGAUGAUUGUACAAAGAGUGGUAUUGAAUUCCAGACCUGGAAAAAAUGGUCAUCCAGUGGCAGAAAAUUUCCGAGUAGAAGAAGUAAAUUUACCAGAUUGUGUCAAUGAAGGACAAGUACAAGUCAGAACUCUUUAUCUUUCUGUGGAUCCUUACAUGCGUUGUAGAAUGAAUGAAGACACUGGCAGUGACUAUAUAACACCUUGGCAGCUGUCUCAGGUGGUUGAUGGUGGAGGUGUUGGGAUUAUAGAAGAAAGCAAACACACAAAUUUUACGAAAGGCGAUUUUGUGACUUCCUUCUAUUGGCCCUGGCAAACCAAGGUUAUUCUGGAUGGCAAUAUCCUUGAAAAGGUAGAUCCACAACUUGUGGAUGGACACCUUUCAUACUUUCUUGGAGCUAUAGGGAUGCCUGGUUUGACUUCCUUGAUUGGGGUACAGGAAAAAGGUCAUAUAACUGCUGGAUCUAAUCAGACAAUGGUUGUUAGUGGGGCUGCUGGUGCUUGUGGAUCCUUGGCUGGGCAGAUUGGCCAUUUGCUGGGCUGUUCCAGAGUUGUGGGAAUUUGUGGAACACCUGAGAAGUGCCUCUUUUUGACCUCAGAAUUGGGCUUCGAUGCUGCAAUUAAUUAUAAAGAGGAGAAUGUUGCAGAACAACUCCAUAAAUUAUGCCCAGCUGGAGUCGACGUUUACUUCGACAAUGUUGGCGGUGACAUCAGUGAUACAGUGAUAAGUCAGAUGAAUCAGAACAGCCACAUCAUCCUAUGUGGUCAGAUUUCUCAGUACAACAAAGACGUGCCUUAUCCUCCUCCACUACCCCCUGCUAUAGAAGCAAUCCAGAAAGAAAGAAACAUCACAAGAGAAAGAUUUCUGGUGUUAAAUUAUAAGGAUAAAUUUGAGUUUGGUAUUCUCCAACUGAGUCGAUGGUUUAAAGAAGGAAAGCUAAAGAUCAAGGAGACUAUGGUAAAUGGAUUGGAAAACAUGGGAGCUGCAUUCCAGUCCAUGAUGACGGGAGGUAACAUCGGAAAGCAGAUAGUUUGCAUUUCAGGAGAUACCUCUUUGUAAUCUCCAUAAACAUCUUCAUCAAGGAAAUACAUGGAUUUCUUUCCAUUCUGCUGAAAGAUUUCAAGAUACAUUAAAAAAAAACCCUUAAGAGUAUAGAUAGUUUUUGCUUUAAAUGUGAUAAUAGGGGAUAUUUUCUUAGUUGUACAACAUAAUUCACUCCUAUAUCUUUACUAUCAUAUAUUUACAUCCUAUGAUUGUUUACAAUAAUAGAUUGAUGUCAACAUGACCUAUUUUUCCUUCUUUUGCUAAAACUAAUAUUAUGUGAAAUUUAUAUCAGAUAUUCAGAAACUGUUGGAGAUUUAAUGUAACUUUAAUAGAUCAUACAAAAUAUUUUUUAAAUUAAUAGUUUUUAUAACUUUAUGUUUGUUUAAAAUAGAAUGCUUGAAAAGACACUUACAAAUACGUAUUCAAUCAGAAAUGUUUUACAUAAUUCUUGAACUGUAGCUUGGUGCAAGAAUAAAUGGGAUGGUGUUUCCAUAUUGUGUUGAUGGAAAAGGGACUUAAUGGCAGGGUGUGUGUGUGCAGGAGUUUGGGGAAAUUUAGAGCUUAUCGAACAGUUUUUGGAGUAGAAUAGAGGCUUUGUGUCGGAAGUAGUAUAAGUUAAAUUACUGAGACUGGUUAGGUUGAUGGAGGGACUUACUACAGAGGAUGAUCUAUUUGUGUUUUGCCAAGUAGUCCACAGUAUAGCCUGAAAACCCAAGUCUGUAUUGAUAAAAGCCUAUGUUUAUUUUAGGUUAGUAGGUGCAUCCUGUCAAAUAGUUACAAAGAUUUCAAGAGAAAUAGGUAUAGACAUCACUUCAAGUUUUAAGUGAUGAAAGAUUUAAACAAUACAGCCUCAAAAAAUGACAGAACUGACUGAGCGAAAGUAAUAAAUGGUUGUAAACAUGAAUGUUCAGCACCUAUUAAUGUAUCUCUAGAUAAGAGCAUUUGUUUUAUUCAUUGUAAUGAACCCUUUAAUACAGUAAAAUUGAGGAUUUUU